AUGUCCGGGUUCGAAAUCGCUGGCGUGGUGCUUGGCUUAUUUCCGAUCGUCUGCGAUGCUGCUAAAGACUUGAGAGGUGUUGCAAAGGACGCUCAGUCGUGGUGGCAGUUCCAGACCUCGUUCGACGACUUCAUCGCACGACUUUACACAGAGCGCGUGUACUUUGAUCAAGCCAUUGUUGCUCUGUUGGAUCCGCUUCAGGACCUCUCAAAUCAGGAACUGGAAGCUCUUCGAUAUAACACCAACCCGAACCUCUGGCAUGAUCCCCACAUCCAGGCAAUGCUCACCAGCAGGAUUGAUCCCUCUCAUCUUUCAUGGUUCAUGAGACAAUUGAAGGAUAUCAUCGAUGCCUUAAAAGAGCUACGAAAUAUGUUGCCGUUUGAGAGGGCCUAUCAAUUGGAUAGCACAGACUUGGAAAGCACUCUUUUCAGGCUUAGAAUUAGCUUCUCACACAAAAAAGACGAACUCCUUGGAACUAUUAAGAAGAGGAACGAAGAACUACGCAACUACCUCAGUAUGUCAUCACAACUUCACAUGAGUCGAUCUUCGCUUCAGACACCGACGAAAGACACGUCAAAGCUGGUCAGAUCUCUGAAAAAGCAUCAAGAACAGGCGGAGUCCGUCUUCGGUGGCUUCAAGAGUCAAUGGAUCUGUAACUGCAAUCUUGAUAGUUGCCAUUCGUGUGGUAUCUCCACGGAAGGGUCGGAUAUGAGACUCCUUCUAAAUGGGGCGAGGAACCAGUAUCUAAAACUCGAGGUGAUAACGCGAAUCGAGAUGCAACGGGUGAAUGAAUUAACUUCUGAACCAACGGCGGUCCCUACGCAAGCUGACUUGGAAUGUUUGACGCAAAACUCUCUCAGAAAACGCAUAUCCAAUAACAUGAGGAAACAAGGCAAGAGCAUCAGCAAACUUGUGCCUUCAACCUUGUUUUCCCUGUCAAACCCAAACAAUGCUAGAGUUGAUAACAAAUACGACAAAGGCCUUGAGAGGGCAACUGAAAAGCUCAAGAAACGACAACAGCAAGAAGACAGUAAAAAGAUUUCACGGAGUCCCAAAGUCCAGUUCAACUUGCCCCCAGAACCGGUUGCAACUCCAACUACUCCCACCGCUGUUAACCGCAUGGAUCAAGCAAUCAGCGACAUGUGUAUUACCAUUGAGACACCAAGUCAAGAAUCCUGCCUGGGAUUCUUAGAACUUUCGGAUGCUAAACUAUUCUUGCAUCGAGACCCUGGAAAUUAUCCAGAGCCUCCCCAAAUGCAAACUUUCGAGGAAUUCCUUAACGAACGACAUCCGCGAGACUUUCGCCUGAACCUGGGCUUAACAGUCAUCAUGCUCAUUCUCAAGCUUGGUCCCUCAUGGAUCCCAGAGAAACCGCUUAAAUCCUCAAUCGUCAUCCUCCAAGCUCCAGGGUGUCCACCACAGCCCUUUAUAUCACAUGCAUCAAUCCACACGACACUUGAGGCAACACCUACGAUGGACAUCCAAAAGGAGAAAGAAAAAACGACAUUUCUUGCUCUCGGGAUUAUUCUGCUUGAGCUGCUCUUUCGUAAAAGCCUAGAGCAACAGUCGUUCUGGGCGACAUUUACUGAUAACGGAAAACGACACGAGUUCACUGAUUUUGCUGCAGCGAGUAGAUGGCAGAAGGACGCUGUGUAUGAAUAUGGUGAGAAGGUUGCAAAUGCUAUUAGCAAGUGUGUCAAUUACACUGUGGACAACUCGGUAAAUCUGCGCAGUGCAGAGUUCUUACGAGAGGUGUGGGAGAAGGUGUUAAGACCAAUUGAAGAGACUUUGGCAUGUUACAAUGGUUCGUAG